AUACAUGCAUCUGGAUGUCAAGUGUCAACAAUGAUAUAACACCAACUUCUGUCUUGGACUUCUCAAAACCUUCCCAACUGGGUUGUCCAGGCGCAAGCCAGCAUUCCACCCAAACUAAGUUCCCGUCACUACUUACGCCUCACUCACAAUGGCCGCACCUCAGGGCAAACCGCCCACAACGGCCGCAACAGCCACCACCACCGCCACCCCAGAGCCUCUUCAAUCCCUCCUGGCCCCUCUCCACCGCAUCGCCAAAUUCAAACCCCGCUCCUGCGAGACCUCCAAAACAGCCCACAUCCCCCUCCUCGUCGAAUCGAUCCAGCGAAGCAGCCCCCCAACCGUGGUCCUUCUGGGCGACUCCAUGCUAGAGUGCCUGACCACGACCGGCGCGUCGCCGAAUUCGCCUCCGUCGCCCUGGCCCUCGCCGACGCUUCUCGACGACGCCGCGCUCGCCGCGCUCUUCCCUGGCUCGAGCCCCGAGCGUCAUCGUCGCCGUCUUGACGGGAUGUUCAAUGCGGGCGUGGGCGGCGACAGGGUGCAGAAUGUUGCGUAUCGGCUGGUUGGGGAUGAGGACUCUGGGCCUGGUCGGGGUCAGGGGCAGUCGGGGGUUGAGGAUGGGGGAGGGCACCUGGAGGGAGGUGCGGUGGGCGAAGGGGAUGAGGAUGGGGAUGGACAAACGCGGGAAGGGAAGGACCGCCUUCCCGGGCUGCUGCCCCUUUUAGCCAGCGCCGGCAACGUGAAGUUGUGGGUGGUUCACGCGGGGACGAAUAACAUAACUGGCAGGAAGGGGCUGGCCAACCGGGAUGUGGAGGCCUUGGCGGUGGUGCUGAGGGCGCUGCUCGGUGUGAGCAGGGAAUGCAGGGUGCUGCUCACCGGGUUGUUUUAUCGGGCGGAUGUGGCACCGCGUUUGGUGGACAAGGCGAACGGCAAGCUGAAGGAGGUGGUCGAGAGUCUGAACAAAGAAUGUCUGGGACGGGACGGGAGGAUGGAGGAAAGGGUGGUGUUCUUGCCUGCGCCGCGGGAUGUGACGCCGGAGGAACACCUGGUGGACCAUGUGCACUUGGGCUUGGAGGGGUAUCGGCUGUGGAUAAGGGAGUUAUUUCCAGCCGUGGUGGACAUGCUGCGCGUGGGAACAACCUAGGUAGCCUCAGAGACUUGCAGACAGGGGAUUGCCAGGAGCCACCGUCGGCAACGCCUCACUACUACAUAUAUGGCCCUGUUCCUAGUGUGCGCAACCA